CAACGACCACACGACCGAUGCCAUAGCUGCCAGACUAGCCAUGGCGCCAACCAUCGAGAUUUCCAUCCCAACAACCACCCUCUCACAUACCUCCCCGCCGCACACUCUUUACCACAUCACCCUCCGCCUCCCACUCCGCUCGUUUACCGUAUCCAAGCGCUACUCCGACUUUGCAGCUUUCCACAGCGAUCUGAUUAGCCAGACCGAUAUCCAGCCACCCGUACCUCUCCCUUCGAAAUCAUGGUUUUCCAACACGGUCUCCAAUGACCGCUUCCGUGAAGAACGCCGUCGCGGCCUGGAGGCAUAUCUCCGCGCGAUCAACGAGGCGCCCGAUGCUCGAUGGCGUACUUCGUCUGCAUGGCGAGCUUUUCUAAACCUGCCGACCGCAGCAGCGACAUCUACCUCAAAUGGAACGUCCAAUACAUCCGCUCGACUCCAUGCCGCGAUCACAGAUCCCGGUUCAGCGGCUAACACUGCAAUUACCGACCCAACGCUCUGGCUUGAUUACUACCGUGACAUGAAAUCCCAUCUCCACGAUGCGCGACUCCAGCUCUCCCGUCGCGAUCAGGAGACCACUCCUCAGAAACAACAUGAAAGCUCUGCACAAGCAAAGACUAGUCUCAUCCGGGCAGCAUCGAUGAUCACCACUCUGGAAGAAAGCUUGAAGAAUCUCGGUAGUCGGGGGACCCAAGAAUCAUCAAAAUUAUUGAGCCUGGGAGACGGGGAGCUUCGCCGCCGUAAGGACCUACUCAUCAACGCACGCAAGGAAAGAGACGGAUUGGAAGACUUGUUACACGCCAUGGCAGCAAAGAGCCGGCUCGAUCAUGCCGUGGCCUCGGUCCAAGAUAAGGAGGCACUACUCAAAGCCAGCGGUGCGGACUCAGCGAACGGCGGGCGUCGAACCCCUGCACGAUCUGGAAGAGUCCUCGGUAAGGAGACUGAGCGUACACGCGAGCUGGACAAUGAAGGUGUCCUGCAGUUGCAGCAGCAGACGAUGAGAGAUCAGGAUCAGAGCGUGGAGGAGUUGAUGAAAAUUAUUAUACGGCAGAGGGAGCUCGGAACUGCCAUUCAUGAAGAAUUGGAGAUUCAGAAUGAGCUGUUAAAGUUGGCGGACGAGGAUACCGAUCGGCUGAAUGCCAAGAUUGACGUUGGCAAAAAGCGAAUCGGCAAGAUUUCCUAGAUUGCAGGCAUGGAGUCGCAUUGGCUCAUUUUUUUUUCUCUGCUGAGCACGCUUUACAGCGCGGGUCAUACUGUACUAGUUCUAUCUCGGCGUUUUCUUGAUACUUUUCCGAUUCCCAGCAUGGGCGAAUAUUAGAACAUUUGUUUUUUUGGAUUGCUUGCAUGAUCAAUACACCGAUAACAGCAUCAUCUACACCUUGUUCAAGCAUAGUCGUAUCAUGUACUGUGCGAUUCUCAUCUGAUGAUGAUUCUAGCUAGAAAUACGGCAAGUUUGAAGUCGAAAGCUAUGAAUCACACCCUGCAUCUCAGGUGGCAGAGAAGAACUACACACAAAGUCAGCUGUCGAUCUCAAUACCCAUCGCUCUCUUCUAAACUUACCUCUUUGGCCUCAUCCUCGGUGACAUUUGACACCUCCGAUGUAGUCCGGUUAAUAAGCCCUAGCUUACUCUUCCUGACCACCCACCACAGCUCCUUGCGAUCACCACCAAGCUCCUCGCUAAGGAUCUUCCCCUUCAAUGAGGUCAAGAAGUCAUUGUAAAGGGUCGGUUCUUCAUAGUCCACCAGCUCCUCACGCAUAGUUCCCAGUCCUUCGACGACGCGAUCGUAAUUCGCAUCACCGAGGCUAUGCUUGAUCUGCGUCUCGAUGAUGCUGGCCAUUUGCUUGACAGCGUCGCGAAUGAUGUCGAGGUUGUCAGCGCGCGAAAGCAUCUGCUUGAACUCAGGGAUAGCAUUUUCAGUAGAGAUCUUGGUUCGUUUAGGUUCUUGUUUGAGGAGGGCAUCGACGUCAAGACCGGAGAGAGGUUUCUCGGUCUCGCGUAGGCGUUUACGGCCUUUGGUUUUGGGUGGAAC